GGGCACAUUCGUCCGUGAGGCGUCUUCGAGUGAGCCAGUGAGCCAGUGAGUGUGUCGUGUUCAGUGUUGAGUGAGUGAACCCUCUUUGGACUACCAUCACCGCCAUGAAGAUGUUCGCGUCCUCCUCCGUCAUGCUGCUGCUCGCCGUGAGCGCCGCCCUCGCGGUGCCGGCGCCCGCCGCCGUGGACGACUCGGCCAACGAGGUGCCCGGCAAGGACGUGUGGAGCCUGGCGGCCCGCGCCCUGGACCACUGCGGCGGCUCCGGCGACCUGGGCUCGUGCCUGGGCGUCAAGGCCGUGACCGUGAUGGAGCGCCUGGCCCGCGCCGGCAACCUGGACGUGCUCGGCGGCACCGUCACCCUGGUGCGCACCUCGGCGCAGCGAGACGCCCGCGCCAUGCCCACCGAGGCCGAGCUGCAGAGCGCCCUGCCCCAGGACUCGGCCAGCCGCUCGGCCAAGCUCAUCGACAUGCUCGUCGACGCCACCCUCCGCUUCUUCGAGUCCCACACCGUCCAGCUCCGCCUGCCGCACGCCGAGCCCCAGGCCGUCGCCCGUGCCAUCGAGGAAGGUCGCGGCAAGAUGAAGAAGAUGAUGGGCCCCAUCCUGGCUGGUAUCGCCCUCAAGAUCUUCGCCGUGGUGCCCAUCCUCAUCGGCUUCCUGGGACUGCUCGCCGUCAAGGCCCUCGUCGUCGCCAAGAUCGCGUUCGUCAUCGCCGCCGUGAUCGCCGCCCAGAAGCUGCUCGGCGGCGGCGGUAGCAUCGGCUCCGGCCUGGGCGGCUGGACCGGCGGUGCUGGCGCCGGCGCUGGCGGCUGGUCCUCGGGCUCCGGAGCCGGCUGGUCCGGCAACGGCGGCUACAACUACAAGCGCUCGAUGGACGAGGCCGCCGCCAACGACAUGGCCUACAGCGCGCACACCCCCCAGGACCAGUGAGGACGCACCCCCCGCCACCGACCGCGCAGCGCGGCGCUCAGGGGCAGCGGGCGCACGAGCGCACCCUCUCCAGCGGGGAGGUCCUCGGGGUCACACCAACGCCACGCCACGCCACGCUACGCACCAAAACUGAGACUGACCAAAUUUUCUAACCAAACCAAAAGACAGAGUGGGACGGAGACACGCUAGGAGAUAUAAUGUUGAUGCUGCUCCAUAUUGGAGCCCUUACCAGUUGCUGUACAUAGACUUUACUCGUACGGACUUUACUUGUGCCAUCCCUGCCGCGGGCCGAUCAAGUGAGACUGGACGCUCGCGGGACCAGACUGACUGGACGGCAUGCACCCUCCACAGAACGACACGGGGCUGAACUGAAUGAGCCUGACUGUCCCCGGAAUCAGCUAUUUGAGGGGAAUACGAGCGAAAAAUCAAACGUCAACUCCCGUCGUGGUUGUUUGAGGGGACCGUUAUUUAUUAUUUAUUGUCUUGUUGACUCCAUCGGGCCGAGAGCGCGAAUGCCUUGGCCCGGCCUUACCAAUUAGUCCUAAUUUAUUCUUAAUUUAUUGUUUGUUGCUGUUGCCAAAUGUUGACCAUGAUGAAUAAAUUAUUUUUUUUCUCCUCUGUAAACAAA